AUCUCCAAAGUCUGAAAGUCGUCUUGGUUUCAUUAGCGCCGAUAAACAAACACAAAGAGAAGCCUUCUCUGUUGUUUCAAUGCUCUUCAACGUCACUCACUCUUCCACAUUGAUCUUCCCGCGGAUUUCCUUAAUUUUUGUGAUUGAAAAUUUGCAAUCUCGGGAAUUACUGUUACUCUCUCUGCGAUCUGUUCUUACUGGUUCCGGCGACUGUUCUUGUACGUUUAGGGUUUGUUCAGAUACUAUCCGGAAUUGAUGGCCCGAUGACAUUGUUUCAAAAUAAAUAUUGGGAUUAGGGUUUUUGAGUUUCAAUUUCGGUCGCUGAUUUGAGAUUUUGGGCUCUCGAGUUUUAUUCGAGUAUUCGAAACUCUUCGGGAAUUUGGGACUAGGGUUUUUUUGGUUAUUUUUGGGCGAUGCCUCGCAGUUCACGGCACAAAUCGAGUAAGCACAGUUCGAGGGAUGGAGGGGAUUUGUCGGAUUACGAGAGAGAUUCAGGCGUGAAGGAUCGGAAGGACUCGACGAGAGAGAGUAGUGUCAGGGCUUCCAAAGAGUUGGCCUCUGGUGAGAGGCGAAAUCUUGAUUCGAAGGAAAGCAAGGAGUCUUUUGGGUCUGGAAACGGAGAGUAUUCGGAGGAAUAUGUUUCUUCGAAGCGGCGUAAGGAGAGAGUGGAUGACAGCGCGAACGACAGGUGGAAUGGUGGGGGCCUAGAUGACCGCGGGGAGAAGAAGUCUAAGGCUUCGGGUGAAUCAAGGAGUACUAAGAGGAGGGAUGAAAGUGUCGGAGUCUACGGUGACGGUGAGGAGUCUGGGAGGAAGAAUAGUGGAAAGAUUGAAGGGAAGCAUCGGGAAUCUAGUCGAAAGGAAGGGGAGAGGGUGAAGGACAGAGAAGGGGAGAGGGUGAAGGACAGCGAAAGGAAAAGAAAAGAUGGGAAGAGUGAGCUGUUGGUUGAUGGUGAAGAUCACCGUAGCGUGACACGGCAAGUUACUGAAAAAACAGAGUCUUUCACACAGGAUUUGUUACGAAGUCCUGAAAUGGAUAACCAGUUUGAGAGACGAAUUAAGAUAAAGAGAGGUGGUUCUGGUGAUGGGGAUAAGCAUCAGGAUGUUGGAGAUGUCCAUGGCAGACGCCAAUCUUCUAAGGAUGAUAUUACCAAGGACAGAAGAUUAAAGGAUGAAAAGCAUAAGGAUGAAAGAUACAGAGAUAAAUACCGAGAAGACAUGGACAAGGAUAACAGACAUCGAGAUGAGAAUAUGACAAGAGAUCAUAUUCAUAGUAGGUCGGAUGAAAAGUACUUGAGGGAUGGGAAAGAGACUACAGAAGUUAGACAGGGGAAAUCUAAGACUCAAGAGACUGACCGUGACAGGGAACGUGACAAUGAUCGCAAUGAUCUUGUCAGAGAUUAUGAUGUUGAUCAUAACAACUACCAUGAGCGUGACCGAGACUGUGACCGCAGUCGUGACCUUGAUCGAAAUCGAGUUUGCAAUCAUGACCGUGGACGUGACCGAGAUCGUGAUUGUGACUGGGAUUGGGACAGGGACAGGGAUCGGGAUCGGGAUCGGGAUCGAGAUCGUGAAUGGGACCGAGAUGUUGAUCAUGAUGGAUCCUAUCUUGAUGACCGAAGUGCCAGAUAUAAAGAUAGCCGGGGCAAAAAGAGAUCUCCAGAUGAUCCUGAUGAUUAUCAUGAUAAGAAAUCUAGAGGUCUCAGAGCUCCUUACCUUGAUGUAGAAAAGAAAUCUUUAAGCAGUGGCAAAGUUGAACCAGAUGCUGACAGGCGAAGGUCUCAAGCACGUCAAGCCCAUCAGGAGACCACAGUGGGUGUCAGCAGGAGUAAGAGUUCCCCCAGUUCAAGUUCACAUGGAGUACCAGAUGAGUACAGGCAUUUUCAAUCUGAAGAUUUAAAGUAUAGAGAUGGGGAGACAGAACAGAGGUCCAGACAAAAUUCUUCACGAGAUGCAACUGGUUUUUCUGGAUCAUUGGAGAGAGCUUCUAAGUACAGAUCCUCUGAAAGGCCUGGGAAGCCAGAUGAUGGGUACAUGGGAGAGUUAUCAGCAGAGAGGCCUUCUAGUUCCAAGGCAUCACCUAUCGGCUUGGUCGAUGGGUCAUCCUCAUCAAUGGGUCUUGAGCGUAAAUACAUGAGUAGAACUGGUGCCAGGCGGAGUUUGGACGUAGAAGAAUCAGGACGGAGGAGCAGUGCUUCCAUGGGUGCAAGAGACAGCUCUGUAGCUGAGGACAGAUUUGGUCGUGAUUUGCCUUUGGCAGAUGGGUCUCCUCAGGCAGAUUCAUCAUUUUAUAGCAGAUCCAAUCAGGGCAUCUCUUCUUCUUUUGUAACCCCACCAACUACUUUCAGGGGUGGAGUUGGCAGCCCUUCUGUUAUGGGUUCACUUGAAGAAGAUACUCAAGUUAGUAAUGGUGCUCAUUACAGAAGGAAUAGUGAUGCUAACUUGGCAAGAGUGCCGGGAAAUGCUUGGAGGGGUCUCCCAAAUUGGUCUUCUCCUGUGCCAAAUGGCUUUAUUCCAUUCCAACAUGGGCCUCCUCAGGGAGGUUUUCAAACAAUGAUGCCACAGUUUUCGUCCCCACAUAUGUUUGGUGUCAGACCCUCUAUGGACAUUAACCCUCCAGGUAUUCCUUAUCCUUUUCCUGAUGCUGACCGGUUUUCUGGUCAUUUGCGCCUGCUUGGAUGGCAGAAUAUGAUGGAUGGCUCAGGGCCACCUCAUUUGCAUGGUUGGAAUGGAAGUAAUGGUGUCUACAGGGAUGAACCGCACAUGUACGGGGGCCCUGAUUGGGACCAGAAUAGGCAUCAUGUGAAUGGUCGGGGGUGGGAAUCCAGUGGAGAUGCGUGGAAGAGACAGAACAGUGAUGUGAGUAUGGAUUUGCCCCCAAUGUCCCAGAAAGAGGACCUUCCAAUGCAGUCAAUGGUUGAUGAUGUUCAUACUGGACAGGUGGGCCAGAAAUCACAAUAUGAGAAUAAUCAUGGGACAGUAGAACCUACAAAAACAGCUUCUAUUGUCACUUCUCCUUCUAAAGAGAUGCCUAAAUCCUCACCAGAAGUUACCCAUGAGAAAUCGUCUGAUCCUACUAAAAUAUCCAAUGAGGAUGGUGUUAUUCAGUUUUGCCGUGCUUACCUUUCCAAACUUGACAUUUCAACAGAACUUACUGAUCCAGAGUUGUAUGGCCAGUGUAUGACCCUAUUGAAUGUAGAACAGAAUGGGACAGCUGACAGAGAGAUUAAUAUUCUCGUCAGUUUGAAGGAUGGUGGACGGGCAAUAUCCAAAAGUUCCAGUAGCUUUUUGGGAUUGAAACUCUUGCCUGCGGCUGAUGAUUCUGUUUUUCAGAGAGCGAUGUACCUCUACAAGAAACAAAGGGUAAAUCUGGGAACCUUGGAAAAUGUUUGCGGUGGGGCAUUAGAUAUCAUAUCAGCUUCAAAUUUUGAAAAAAUGGAGGAACCGGUUGAUGUUUGCAAUGUUGAGAGGGUGGAAGAGCCAAACUCAAUUUCAGAUACUGCAAUGCAGGAUGCACCAGAUGAGGAGAAAGCAGAAGUUGUUGUAGCUGCAGUCCCUGGGGAUAAGUUGGAAGAGCCGGUUCCUAUUUGUGAUUUGGCAAUACCGGAAGUUCCUAAUCAGGAUAAAGCAGAACCUGCUGCAGUGUCUGCUGAGGAUAAGCUGGAGGAGCCAGCUUCAACUCCUAGUCGGGUGGUGCAGGAUCAGGUCACACAUACCCCAAACAAGUUGGAAGUGUCGAAUGAUGGAAGUCCUGUAGAGCCUGUGCAAAAUCUAAGUGGGGAAGAAGUUGACAGGAUAACUACUGAACAAUCAAACAGAGAAGAUUCUAGGGGUGAUUUCAUCGCAACUUCUGAUGAUGCAUCAUGUGCGGCCCUUGUUUUGGUCACUGAUAGCAAAGGAAAUAAGGAGAUGAGCAAAGGGGAAGCUUCUGGUGAUGCAGUGUGUGGCCCUUCACCUUUAUUUCUUUCAGAUGGUUCCCCUAAUGCAUCUGGGACAUUGUUGCCUGGAUCAAACGAGUCGGUAAUUUUAAGUCGGAUACAUCAUUCACCUGAAAGUACACAUUGAAACAAUUUCUAUAUCUGUGCUUUUGGUUUAGUUA